UGCUCGGGAGCCAGGCCUAAAUGCGCCGCUUGUGUCAGAAACCACUCAAAAUGCAGCUAUCAAUCCCUCUCAUCCGCCGAGACAAAUUCCCAAGCCCUCAGGCGCCGUCUGAAAGAAUUGGAAGACGAAAGCAAAAUCCUCAAAGAAAUAUAUCAAUACCUUAACACCGGUCCCCCAAGGCAGGCCUACGAGAUCGUCCGACGGAUCCGCAUGGGCGUCGACAUGGACUCCAUUAUCAGGCAGAUCCGGGAUGGCGAUCUCCUGUUGCAAGUUUCUUUAGUCUCCGAGACGAGGUUGUGAUUCGAAUUUCUAUACCGGACUGACAUGCCGCCGGCUAUUCAGAGAUCUAGCAACGCGUACCUUGGGGGCGUCAUGUAUGAGGCUGUCUGUGCUGAGGACCUUCUACCGGCGGAAGGUGGGAAUGAGCAGCAGCAGCAACGACGGCAGGAUGAGUUCGAUGCCUUGGCAAAGGGGUGUCCUCCGUAGCACUCGUCCUGAGACGCCGAGGGCUGGUUCUCCAACGCUGACUUCUCCAAGUCGGCCGCGCAGGCAAGGUAUUGGAAUGGAAACCGACACAGCUUACGGGAGUGAGGCUGCGUCGCCCCAGGGUGCGGUCAGAAGCAGAAGUCCACAUGAAAGACGAAGUAACCCGCGCCGAACCUCUCAACGGCGCUCGAAGAACAUCAGGGCGUACAUGAACUCGGGUCCCGCUGCAAGCAUUGAUUCAGGCUCAGACGACGACGCCAACGUCAGCGUCAGGCGCCACGCCAAAAUUCCCGACGAUGAAGAAUUCCACCCCCCGUUCUUGAGUGAGGAUGGACAUGGAGGUAGUGACGGAGUUGAGGAGUUGGACCCGCCUUUCCCCAAGCGCCGCAAGGCUUACCGACCUCCAGUUAGCCCUUCACGAAAACGCCGGCGGGGUAUUUCUUCGCUCGGUCCAUACGCCCUAGGAGCAACAUACCCAGUCCGCCAUCAUCGCACGAUUCUUCUCAGGACAGCCUUGGCAGAACCACCAGUGCCAAGUUCGGGGAGUAGCUCUUGCCGAAUGCCACGCUGAAACGCGUUACGCUAGGUAACGGCCGGACGACUUUCCAGCUACAAUUCGAUUGGGACCCGCAGGUAGACGGCCAACAAGCACGCUGCCCCAGAAGCAACAGGUCUCGAGCUCCUAUAGCAAGAAAGGGCAGCCGGCGU